AGAAACCCUGAAACACCCUCCCUUUGCAGCUGCGCAACCAAAAGUAUCAGCGUCUUCUCUUCUCUUCUCUUCUCUUCUCUCAUCGUUUCUCCCUAUCCUUCCAAGAUGACGAAGAGAACCAAGAAGGCCGGUAUCGUUGGGAAAUACGGCACUCGAUAUGGUGCUAGUUUAAGGAAGCAGAUUAAGAAGAUGGAAGUCAGCCAGCACAGCAAAUUUUUCUGUGAGUUUUGCGGAAAGUAUGCUGUUAAGAGAAAGGCUGUUGGUAUUUGGGGAUGCAAAGACUGCGGAAAGGUGAAGGCUGGAGGUGCCUAUACUUUGAAUACUGCGAGUGCCGUGACUGUUAGGAGCACAAUUCGGAGGCUGAGGGAGCAGACUGAGAGUUAAACACUCGAUUAUGUUCCAACUUGUUUGCAAAAUCUAUACAACUUUUGGAACUUCUUUAUAAUUUGUCAAUUUGGUUUGGAUAGCUGAUGGGGGAAAAGGAACUUUGCAGAUUUUUCCUAAGGUGUAUCAGAACUGUUACUCGAGAGUCUUUAGUGUUAUUCACUUUUGUACUAUGUUGGUGGAUACUGAUUUCAUUUCUGUUUCAAUUUAUAAUAGGCUAAUAGCACCUUUACUA